CCAGCCCGCACGGACGCCGCAGCACUCACGCCCACGCCCAAGCUUGGUCGUUGCGAAAGAUCCGCUUGACACGCAGCAGUCUCCGUCACUCGUAGCUCUACCCCCUUCCUCCACGCGCGGCAGCUCGAUCUCGCCGCCCGCCCAGGAAAAAUUAGUUCGCACUCGCAGAGACCGAGUGCAGCAGCGCCCACCCCCGUCCAGCCGCUCCCGACCAGCACCAGCACGGCCAUGUCCAUGGGCCUCCACUCGGCGCGCGAGGAGCUCGGCCUGCCCAACGUGGCCGCCAGCCACGGCAUGGCGCUCUCGUCCACCGGCUACAUGAGCGGCGACGUCGGCCAGCAGAUCGGCGGCCUGCCCAAGCCCAUCAGCCUCAGCCCGCGCACCUUCGGCAUGGAGGACCUGCGCGACUUCUGCGGCCCCGUCGGCACGUUCAAGACCGGCCUGACGCCGCGCGUCUUCAGCACGGGCCUCACCCCGCGCUCGGGCUUCACGCCGCGCUUCACGACCGGGUUCACGCCCCGCAUCAACGUCAAUGGGCUCAGCCAAGCGCCCAACGCCCCGCCCACCGAGACCCAGAGCGCCUUCAUGAACCGCCCGGGCGCGGGCUACUCGCCACGUGGUGGCGCGGACGCCAACAACAACAAGAUUUCCCCCUCGGGAUUCACCCCCAAGGAUGUGUCGGGCGCCAAGGUGCCGAUGCGCUUCCCCGGCGCCUUCUCCAACAACAGCCCGCCCAAGAUGCCCAUGGGUGACCACCCGUACAAGCAGGAGCCUGCUCCGCCGCAGUCGCACCUCCAGCAAAUGCAGCAGAUCCACCAACACACCCAGCAGAUGAACCACGGCGCGCAGCACCACGGUCACAUGCCUCACCCGGGAAUGCCCAACAUGAACAUGCCCAUGUACGACUACAUGAACCGCCCCGCGCUGCAGCAGCCCGCGGACCCACGCCUGAGCGUGACCCCCAACUCCGACCGUGUGUCAGACCAGGAAGACCUGGACGAACGGCGCCGUAUGAAGAACCGCGAGCGCGUGCGCAAGUGCCGCAAGCGCAAGCAGGACCGCCUCAACUUCCUCGAGGACCGCACGGCGGAGCUGGAGAAGGAGAACGGCAUGCUGAAGGCCAAGAUGGCUCGCAAGGACUCUGGCGCCAAGGACGAGCCCAUGACUGAGGCCCAGCUGAACGACCUCCGCAAGAAGCAGAACACUACUCUGUCUUCGUACAUUCGCGCCUACAACGAAGUGGACGGCUCUGCCUUCGAGUCCAGUGCACGUGGCAUCUGGGCCGACAACGCGGAGAUCCUGUACGGCAGCAGUGGCGCUCGCGUUGCCGGCAUGAACGACAUCGUCGCCAGCAAGAAGUCUAGUGCCAGUGUCUUCUCCAAGUACGAGAUCAAGCAGUACACGGUGCAGUGGAUGCCCAACUCGACCGACAAGUGCCUCGUGACCUGGGAGGUGGAAGUGAGCGUGAAGAAGGAGGCGGCCAAGAAUGUACCGCUGACUGCUCCCUUCGCUGAGCUGGCCCCGCACUACGGCGGCAGUAACGAGCCUCUCUCGUUCCAGAUGAUCUCUCGCAUCACGUUUGAGGAGGGCAAGAUCACGGAGGAGAUCCGCCAGCUCAACCUGUCUCGCAUUGGCGAGAAGGCGCUGAAGCAGUUUGCUGAGGACCCCAAGAAGGCCGCCGAUGUGCUGCGAUGCCUGAUGGUGGCGGCGUAAGUUUGUCAGACAUUGCAAGACAAGGAAGGCGGCGAGCUCGAGAAGCGAGCUAGACCGAUUAUCGGACGCACACGGGCAGAGACAGAUUGCUCGUAGCUGAAGGAGAGUGAGUGUCCUUCUCCUCGUUGAGUUGCAGUAGAGCAUCGUGUAUCAUAAGCAAAAUAUUACUCGGAGAAACUCAAAAGCUUGCUCGUGCAUCUUUCAACGUUGUUUGCCAUCACCACAAGCAGGCAGGAGCCCCUCGCUCGAGCGCGUGAGUCAACGCGUGGCUUCAUCUCAGAGCUUACAGGCGCAGCUCCGCCGCGGCGUCGUUCAUGCUUGCUUAUUUCCUCAACAUUACUCACACAUGCGCACGGGGGUGAACAGCUCACCACUGCGCGGAGCAACGCUACUGCAGCGGCACGAAAAAAAGUAGGAAGUGCUUAGUUGAUCUAUUUGCUUCUUAAUACGUGUAGGUGGGGUGCGUCGCAGCACCGACGUGCGUCUGCUUCUUGAAUAAAAACUUGUGGUGCAACGGCUUGUGGCUCUAAGGAGGCAGCAAGGUCCAUCAGCGGGCGGCAGGGCAAGCAUAAGACUGCUCUCCUCUUCAACACGUAGAGAGCGCCUCGCUCUACAGUACUGCAGCCUCGAGUGGCGCUUCUUCGUGCGUUGCUGUCUUCAUGGGUUCGCCUCUGCAGUCGACGGCUAGCUCCACGCUCGUCUCGAAACGUCUGCAGCAACACCACGACACAACCACGAGAAAGAAUGAGCGGCGAACGGCACAGCAGGAGGAAGGCUCCAUCCACUCUCUGGAGCAUCAGCACGUACCGGCGAAGACGGUGUUGAGCGUUGGGAUGUUGUUAGCCUUGAGGAUCUCAGCUGGCACGUCGUUCAUCUCAUUGAGCUCCUACAGGCGAAAGCACACAGCAAGUGAGUUCAGAGGCUUCCAGGGCUGCAGGAAGCAGUAGCAGCAAGCCUGUCGCACCUGGAUCUCCUUGAAGGAGCCGAUGUACUUGAUGUCCUUGCCCUCCGGGUCCUGGAGAAAGACCUGCGGAUAGUUGCCGCGGAUGCCGCUGGCCUCGAAGUAGCGGUUGCGCGUGUCGCGGUUCUCCUCGAGGCUGCAGUCCACCUCCGUGUACGUGAUCCUGUUGCCGUCCAGCAGCUGCUUCAGGUGGCCGAUCUCGUACUUUUGCUCGGCGAUGGAGACCGUCGAGGAGGUCAGCACAACGCACGUCUGCGGAUGGACGGCGCGGCAUCAGAGGCGGUACAGUAAGCGGCGGCGUCAGCGGAGGCACACACACACGCAAGGCAGGCAGGGCAGGCGCACCUUGACGGGACUCAUGGCGUGAGUAACUCGAAGGUGGCGGGUGGACUAGGACUGGAUGAGCUUAGUUUAGCUUCUCGGCUUUUCACAACUGCCUCGGCUGGAUCGGAGCCCUCCACGCACGCGGUGGUGUGGCGCACACCAAGAAAGGACAGGAACGUUCACAUCGAGCGCGGCACGCUUCCAUUGCCCUGCUCGGCUCGGUGUCGCAGCCUACGCCAGGAUUGGUAAGUCGCUUGCCUACGGAAAGCCAAGUUGCCUUCCGCGGCGAUGACUGGCUGCAGUCGCCCCGCGCGCGCGAGUGAAGCCACAUUUAGGACGAUUCUUGCACUUCCUGAUAUGGCUACGCUCGACGGCGAUACGACUGCAGCGAAUCGCGCGCUGCUUGUCAAGCAUGUCGUCGAGCGACGUGGCCGCGAAUCGGUUGCGCUUGGGUCGCAUGCUAGGCUGUCGUCACCUGCAACAGUGAGUCGACGUACAUGUACACAUUACCCGAGUCGCUCUCUUCGGUAUCGGUGCCACUUGAAUGACUUCCUUUCAGCCUUCUCACAGUCAAAUCUGAGCUUGAGACUGUGAGAAGGCAAUCAUACAAGUAUCGGCACCGUCACCAACUUCCACAACAAAGAGAUACUGUUCAUGUACUGUACCUCUCUCCGCGUCUGCUUUUGAUUCUGCGAUGCUGAUGUCGAUCAUUGGGAAUGGCGAGAGCACAACUCUUGCAAUACGGUUCGCACGGACCUAUCGCGGCAACCGCGUCGGCCCAACAAGCAGCUGUACUGCACUCGCCAGUCGGUUGCAAUGGUUGGUGCAUCCGUUCUCUCAAGAAGCAGGAAACCCCAGCUCACAUGCACUGCAGCCCGUGUGUAGUACACGUAUCGUAGGUUGUCGCCUUUGUGUUCAGGCCAUCGAAAAGAGUAAAUCAGACCCGUGGAUUCCACAAGACCGCACACGACCGACGAGAUGGCGAAAUUGGUUCCUUCUUCGCUGGCUUCACUUCCACUUUAUCUCCCGACGACUCAAGCGCCGUCUUGCCAGCACCACCCAAGCUUCAUCAACCGUCGUCUUGCCAGCACCGCCCAAAGCUUCAUCAACAGUCAUCUUGCCAGCACCACUACAUCAACCAGACCGUCACGCUUGCUAGGCUGCCACUGCUAGCAUGCGUGCUACCUAGCCAACUGCGGUGAAGAUUUCAUGGUGAACCGAGCAAACACCGCAUUUCGCUAGCCGUGACAGCGCCAAGCGUAUCCUGAUGGCGAUUGGUGCGCGAUCCGCCCAAUAAUCCCGUCUGAUUUGUCCACGCGAGCGGCUCCAGUCAAAGGCCGUGACACGCCGUAAUGCGCGCACUUCCAGUUGCCUCCGCCGCCGCACACCCGCCAUGGCGCCGCGCCCCCCGCUGCCGCUGCUGCUGCUCGCCGCGACCUUCCUGA